GAAGCCUCAGAUUUGGGGCAGAACAUCAGGAGAUGGAGGGGAGCGCCCCAGUCUCUCCAGCACACAGAUCAGAGUUAGACACAUUGCGAGCCAAAUUAUCCAGCUUGCUGAGAGCAGAGUCAGAGGCUGUCCAGAGCAGCUUGCGAGGUAGCAUGGGAGGACAGAGGAUGGUAAGAGACGAAGAAAAUGCCUAUGGUUCCGAGGACGACCCGCAGGAGCCCAGGCUCAGGCUCAUCCUGGCCGGGAGGACCGGGGCCGGCAAGAGCGCCACAGGCAACAGCAUCCUGGGCCAGCGGCGCUUCCUCUCGAGGCUCAGCGCCGCGCAGGUGACCACCACCUGCGCCGUGGGCAGCUGCCGCUGGGCCGGCUGGCACCUGGACGUCAUCGACACCCCGGACCUGUUCGGCGCCGAAGACCCCAGGACAGAGCCGGGCUGCGGCGAGAGGGGCCGCUGCUACCUGCUCUCGGCGCCCGGGCCGCACGCCCUGCUCCUCGUCAGCCAGCUGGGCCGCUUCACCGCCCAGGACCAGCAGGCCGCGCGCCGGCUCAAGGCCAUGUUCGGCGAGGGCGCGGUGGCGCGCACGGUCCUGCUCUUCACGCGCAAGGAGGACCUGGCCGGGACCUCGCUGCAGGACUACGUGCGCUGCACCGACAACCGCGCGCUGCGGGAGCUGGUGGCCGAGUGCGGCGGCCGCGUCUGCGCCUUCGACAACCGCGCCAGCGGCGCGGAGCGGGAGGCCCAGAUAGCGGAGCUCAUGGCGCUGCUGGAGCGGCUGGUGCGCGCGCACGGGGGCGCGCCCUACACCAACGACGUGUAUGGCCUGGCGCGCGCCCUGGGCCGCGCGCGCCCCGAGGAGCGGCUGCACAGGGUGGCGGAGAGCGUGGCGGCCCGCGUGCAGCGGCGGCGGGGCGGGCUGCUGGCGGCGCUGUGGGGGCGCGGGAGGGCACCCUGGAGCAGCCCGAGGCUGGUCGUGGCUGCGCUACUGGGGGCCCUGGGCCUGCUCUGCCUGCUGCUUGCCGGACGCUGGGCGGACGCCUUGGGGGAGGUCGACCCGGGCCAACAGACCUUAUAGAGGACUUUGACCCAU